UAAAAACCGAAAACCGAACCAAACCAAACCGAAUAAGCAAUUCGGUUCGGUUUUUUUCGGUUUUCGGCUUGGAUCGGUUUGAAAAAAUGGAAAUCGAAAUAUAUCGGUUUGGAUUCGGUUUUGGGAUUCGAAAAACCGAAAACCGAAAACCAAACCGAAGUUUAUUAAGCCCACUAAUCCCAGCCCAUUUUCCUACAUAUGUAUAUCCAAAACCCUAAACUGUUCCCCUCUUUUCCCAUUUCCCUUUCACUUUCUCUCGGCACCUUCCUCACCAAAUCCCUAGAUUUCCCCACUUUUCUCCCUCACCACCUCACUCUGUCCGUCCACCACCACUCUAGAAGUCCACUUAAGGUAUCUCACCACCAGUUCUUGUUUCGGUGUUUGUGCUCUCAACGUAUCUCAAAGUUGUUCGCUGGCCGCUCGUGUUUCAUUGUUCGUUUUCCCUCAUAUCACCACCACUUCACCGCCGACCACCACCACGUCUCCUCACCACCACCUCUCUGGUCAGUCACUCAAAGGAAAUGAUAUUAGUAAAGAGGUGCAGAAGCAGAAGAUUUUAUUUUUCUAUUUAAUUUUUUUUAUAACUCAAAGGAAAUUAUAUUAGGAAAUGAAUAGAUAUGAGGUUUUGAGCCAAAUUAUUGAAGGAAUGCAUGAAGCAGAAGAUCUGAUUUAUUUAUUUAAUUUCUUUUUUAAUCGGUGGACAAAUUUAUAAUGGUUGAUUGUAUGUAAUUAAUUCUUAGUUUAGUUUGUGUAAUUUUAUGUUUAUAAUUAUAAAGAUUGCUUAGUUUUCUUAUACUUCAAUUUGCAUCUGGUAAAAAAUUCGGUUUAUGGAUCGGUUUCGGUUUGCUAAUCAGAAAUUCGGUUCGGUUUGAUUUGGACCGAAUUAAAAUUCGGUGUGGAUUUGGAUUGAAAAAUGUAAAACUGAAUUAUUUCGGUUUGGCUUCGGUUUGGGCCAUAAUCCAAACCGAACACCGAACUUUCACCCCUAAUCUUAAUUACAUGAACGACCUAAGUAGUUAACCCAAAGUACUAAAUGUGUCAUGUUCCUUUGUUAUCCAAACUUAACUCGAUUUGAGUCUUUUGACCAACUUGUUCAUCAUUUACCAACUUUUUUGUUUUAAACCAAAGAUUAAUCCUUUAAAAAAAAAAAACAAAAAAAAAAAAAAGUGAAACGUGCCACCAUUACCGCCACCACCCCCUCCAAUUUCUGUUUGUGGGUAAUCUUGGAGGUGGAAUUGAUUGUACCCUAAAAUGGCGAGAUUCUCCAUGAAUUCCAGAGAUGAAGGUGAAGACUCCGACUCCGACUUCGACUCCGACUACGACUCCGACGACUCACCUAUCCGCCUUCCUAACCCUAAAAGAAGAAGAACUUCUGAAACCUCUUCUUCCUCUAACUCUAAGUCUGAUCAUCAACAAUCAUCAAAAGAUGAAUCUAUUUCCGAUUCUGCAGUGGCACCCACCAAGCCGCCUGCCUCCACUUCUGUUUUUCUAAGCGACCCGGAUGUCUUGGAUUGCCCCAUUUGCUUCAACCCAUUGACUGUUCCUGUUUUUCAGUGUUACAGUGGGCAUAUAGCAUGCUCCUCAUGCUGUGUCAGCCUUGAUAAAAAAUGUCCCUCAUGUCGUGGGAUAAUUGGAAAUAUCCGAUGUCGGGCCAUUGAAAAGGUUAUUGAAUCAGUACAAGUAUCAUGCUGUUAUUUAGGGUACGGUUGCAAAAAGAGUAUCAGCUAUUGUAUAAAACAUGAGCAUGAGGAUAAGUGCAUCUACGCACCAUGUAUAUGCCCUUUUCCUGACUGCCUCUUCCGGGGUUCACCUAUGAGACUUUCCAGCCACAUGUCUAAAGAGCAUGUUAAUUUUGUGACUCGCUUCCGUUACAACUCUGUCUUCACUGUAUCUCUGGGGGCGGAUAAAAAAUUUCUUGUUCUUCAGGAAGAGAAAGAUGGCUUUCUGUUCAUCCUGAAUCAAGGAAACUCAGUAGCAGUUAGAUGCAUUCAUCCAAGCCCCUCAAAUGGAAGAUUUGCAUAUGAACUUGUAUCAAGGGGAGGCGCCACCUCUCUUAAAUUUCAAUCUUUCACACGUUGUACCACAAGGCAUUUCAAUGAUCCUCUUUCUGUAGAUUAUUUUCCGAUUCCUGAUUAUUUCUACCACAGUGGUGGGUCUGAUAGCUCCCUCAAGUUGGAAAUUUGCAUACGGAGUAAAGAUGCCUUGGUGCAGUCAUCUUAAGCAGUUUGGCCAUUUAAAAUAACUGAGCUCAGCAGGUUAUCUGGCAGUUAAAGGGUGUUAACAGUUGAAAAUUGCAAACAUGCUAAGCUGGAGUUUCGAGCAUCCUUUCACCUCCUGCUUGUUCUAUGGUUUGUAACUUUGCCUCCCGGAGGAGAUUGGGGGGAGCUUAAGUAGUGAAAUUGAUUUCAUGCUCUUUUAAGCCUUAAGUUGGACUCAUUUUGGGAAAGCAGUGGUGACGUUCUUGACUGUUUGGCGUAAGUCUACAAGUUUUGGAGCUUGCAGAACAGUUCUCCUGUCGGCCUCCUGUGUUUUUUUUUUUUUUUUUUUUUUUUUUUUUUUUUUUUUUUUUUUUGUGUUAGGAAAUGGAUAUGUAUAUAUGCUAUAUUUAUGUACUUCUAGAAUCUAGAUCAAUGGAGAGACAGAAUGCUUGUCAUGUAUGUUCAUAUUUUGUAAUAAUUUAAUUAGUGAUUAAAGGCAUGUACUAUACUGUUAAUAAGCCUGCACUGAAGAAAUUUGCAUCUUCAUUGUUAGCUGACAUUUUCUCCUGGUA